AUGGUAAACACGACGGACAAUUUAUACAACAUGAAGCUAUCAUUAGGCACUUCAUCAAGUGGUAAAGAGAAUUUGCCUCCAAAAAGGAUAACACACCCAAGCAAGUGGCUCUCCUCACCAUAUGAUCACAAUGAGAGAGGACCUCUUCAGCCACAUGAGAUAGAGCUACACAGGGGCAUAGUGGCACUAAGCAAAGUUGAACCUCACAGAAGCAAAGUGGUUGUGUUGAUUGACAAAACAACCCUUUUCCUUGGACAACUUGGUGAUUCAUUUGGUGCGACUAGUCACGUCGAAGCAUAUGUUUUCAACGUUUUUUGUCAGAUGCUCUUUCGAGAGAAUCAUCCAAGGAGAUCAAAAACACACUACUUCUUCACUACACUAGGUGAUUAUUUUCUUGAAAAUUGGAAAUCUGAAGAAGGAAGGAGGGAAAUGAAGAGAAAAGCACUUAGAAACUUCAAUGGAGCUGGGAAAGCAUUGCCUCUACACGAAAGUGAUCGUAUAAACAAUUUCAUAAAAACAUGGGAAGAUUCCAAUCUGAGAGGAAUGGGUUUCACAAAGUUUGGUGUAGAGUACCCAAACAUGCCAAAGCAAAUAGGAAGCGAUGCUUGUGGGAUUUUUGCUCUUAACUGGAUGCAAACGUGGGCUUCGCGAAAUCCUCUGCAGCGACAGUUCACGAUGAACGACGUAGUAGACGCAAGGGUCAGAUUUGCUGUUGACAUUCUGUUUAGUAUUCACAACACAUAG